AUGGACAUCAAACCCGAAUCGCAUAUCGGCAGUGGUUCGGUGACUAUUAAUACCGAGGCCAACAGCGAUGAUAAGUUGCCUGAUGAGGAGACGUCCCAUACGAAGCGGAGCGAUUCGCUGACCAAGCAACCAUCCCACAUCGUGGGCGGCAAGGAUCAUGAUCAGUUGGACAAGCGUGAAAUGCGGUUGCAGAUAAAUCGGGAAGCAUCCCGCAGGUACCGGCAAAAAAAAGCGGAAUACAUCAAGCUGCUUGAAAAUCGAGUGGCAGAGCUGCAGCUCCAGAACAUGGCCCUCUUCGAAGUGCUGACAGAGCAGAAAAGUGCCAGAAUCGCCCAGAACACCGAUAGCAGCCGCCAAUAG